CUUACUACUAAUCUCUCCGGCAAUUCUCUCAACCCCAAACUUUCCCGGACGAGAAGUGCAAUUCUCAGUACGUAAUACCAAGGCCACCUCGGCAGCCAACCGAUCGGGGAUCCAAUCAGGCCGACGAGGCUUAUCUGGACGAGGAGGUGCAAGGGCGCAGGAACUUGAGGCGAAAAGUCGCCGGGUGGCCAUCCAGCAUGCCUGGCCACCUUUCUGUUACGUGUGGAAAACACCCGCCAGUGUUGAUCGAUCGCUUCAUCCGGAGAUUCUCUUAUUGAUCCUGAUGACUGUUCCCAAUUUCCUGUCUGGAGGAGACGCUCUUUCUCUUUGGGUGGACUGCUUUUUGGUUUACCUCAUGCCAAUUCCAUUACUAGUUAUAAUCAACUGAAUGGACACUGGAUGAGACGGAGACAGAGAGGGAAUGGGAAGGGGAGACAACUGAACCAACUUUUGUGUCAUUGUUCUAUACUAUAUAUAUUCCGGACUACCUUCCCUUCCUAUACAACAUCUCUAUCUCUAUCUAUCUAUCACUACUACUACUAUUAUUAUUACUACUUCUUCAGUAUCUAAUAGGAACUGAAGAAAAAGAAUAUUACCACUACUACCUACACUACUACCAACUACUACGACGGAGUACUACUACUAUUCUCCAGUGCAGAUCCAUGGCCCUGAUAUGAUCAGUGCUCACAAGCAAUCAGAUCCUUCCUUGCUCUCCGUCAUCAUCCUAUUACCGUGACCAUAAUUUUAUCAUUCCAUUCUAUUACCUACAGUUUUUUAUCAGUUCCUUUCAUUUCUGGAGUAUAUCUCCAACUCCCCGAAUCUGGGCGGCUCCGGUUCCGCUGCUGCUUUCCACCGCAAGCUUGUACUCCCCGACAUUCUCGUCCCCCCAUUCGAUCAAUUCCCGUUUCAUUCCCUCCCUUACUUACUACUUCCUAUCUACUACUACUUUACUUUACUCUAUCUAUCAAUUCAUUCAAUCAGUUUCAAUCAAUCAGCAUCCAUCGGUCUGCUUACGCCCACUCCGGCUGAUAAGCUUCUCCCCUGCGGUUCGUACGUGGCUGGCAGGCAACCCGUCUUCUCUCUCCGUACUUGCUUUGCUCAUUGGUCGGUGCGUUCGAUAGACGGGAUCAC